AUAAGGUAAGUCCAUUUAGGGUGAGAGGGGGCAGAAGGGGGGAGGACCAAAAUGUCACGGAUUGUCCGCUCCUCCCGGAUAGUGAAGGGUGGUUCGAGGUGGAAUCGGGAUGGGGAAGGGAGUAGGGGCAAAGGCGGCGAAGAGGGAGGAGGAACAUUUAUAUAUAUGAUAAAGAUUCCCCCCCUUUCCUCGAUCUUUACGACAACACCCACCUCACCUCUUUGUCUGUCUGUCGAACACCAUGUCUCGUCCUCAUCGAGAAUACGAGAUCAAUUCGGUGGCUCCUCUCGAUACCAACAUUUCUGAUGUUGUCGAUGAGAAGAAGGGGGAUGCCGCCGACUUUGAUAUUGCCCCUGCGGAUGAUGGUCAUCUUGACCUCAAAGCCGAGAGGACGAAUAUCAGCCAUGCGAACCCUGAGAUGCGGGCCAAGAUCGUCGCCUAUUACGGACGAAAAGCUGAAGAAGAUCACUUGGCGCCAAAGGAAGAUGUGACGAUCAUCCUUGAUCAUAUCCUUGCCAUGACGGAGCAGGAAGCUAUGGACAUUUUGGUCCAUGCCGUAGAAUUCCACCAGGAGGACCCAAACUUCCCCGGUCCAACAAUGGAGAAGAUUAGACUCCUCAUUCAGGGAUACAAAGCGGCUGAUAUGGAAGAAUCCGAUUGGCUCUUUGAUCUCAAGACUGAGGCUUGUAUGAUCUACUACCACUCGCCUUAUCCCGAAGUCCGAUCCGUCACGGACCCAUUCGAUGAUCCAACGGUCCCUGUCGAGACCUUUAGGGCGUACUGCCUCGGUAUGAUCUUCAUGGCUGGUUCUACAGCUCUCAACACUUUCUUCUCGCCUAGACAGCCUGCCAUCAGUUUGAGUUCAAGUGUUUUGCAACUCUUGUUGGCGCCCUGUGGACUGUUCUGGGCCAAAUGGUUCCCUGACUGGGGAUUCAACAUCAUGGGCAAGCGAAUUUCAAUCAACCCUGGUCCGUGGACUUAUAAGGAGCAAACUUUCUCCACGAUCAUGUUCACAGUCGCCUCGGGUGCCGGAGCGACUUACUACGUCUACCUGGUCCAAAAGCUGCCCCAGUAUCUCAAUCAGGAUUGGGUCUCGUUUGGGUAUGAAAUCCUCCUUGCGCUCAACGUCCAAAUCAUGGGAUUCGGAUUCGCAGGCAUUCUCCGACGAUUCGUCGUCUACCCUUACACUGCCAUUUGGCCCAAAGUUCUUCCAACGCUCGCUUUGAAUAGAGCCUUGGUGAACCCUGAGCGAAAAGAAGUGAUCAACGGAUGGCGAUACACUCGAUACCAAUUCUUCAUGAUCUGUUUCGUGGCCAUGUUCUUCUGGUUCUGGAUCCCCAACUCGCUGUUCCAGGCGCUCCACUUGUUCAACUGGAUGACUUGGAUCGCACCGAACAACUUCAACCUCGGCAUGAUCACGGGCUCUUAUGGCGGUAUGGGGUUCAACCCAUGGGCGACGUUUGAUUGGAAUGUCUCUGGUUCAGGAUACCUCAUCACACCUUGGUGGAGUACCAUUCAACAGUAUUUCGCUCGUGUACUCUCUGGCCUCAUCAUCAUUGGCAUGUACUGGGGCAACUAUGCCUGGGCCGCUUACACCCCCAUCAACAGUAACGAGUCAUUCACGAACAAGGGAGAGAUCUACAAUGUGUCCAUCAUCAUGGGUGACGAUGGAUACGUCAACAUUGACGCAUACAAAGAAUAUGGACCUCCCUUCUUCUCCGGCGCCAACGUUUUCGGUCAAGGUGCUUGGUUCGCUUGGUAUCCCCUGGUUUUGUUCUACUAUUCCAUCCGACACUGGCCAGCUAUCAAACGAGCUGGAAUCGAAAUGUACGAAGGUGUCCGAUAUCGAAAAGGAAUGUACGAAGGUAACAACGAUCCCCACACGCGAAUGAUUUCAGUCUACAACGAAGUUCCCGAAUGGUGGUUCUUCGCCACGUUGAUGCUUUCCUUCGGUAUCGGUGUCGCUGCGCUUGCAGCCUACCCCACUCACACACCGUGGUGGGUACAACUGGCCGCCAUCGCCCUCAAUCUGUUGUUCUUGAUCCCCGGUACCAUCAUGCAGGCGUCCGCCAAUGUCGGUCUGGGUAUCGGUCUGUUCUUCCAAAUGUUGGCCGGUACAGUGUUCGCUGGAAACCCUCAAGCCAACAUCAUCUCCAAUGCCAUCGCUGGAAACUUGAACUCUCAAGCCGAUACCUAUAUCUCUGAUCAAAAGAUGGCUCAUUACGCCAAGCUUCCACCGCGUGCCGUCUUCCGAGCUCAAAUGAUCGCCACAUUCCUCAACUGCUUCAUCUUCAUCGGCAUGCUCAAUUGGAUGGUCACCAACUUUAACGAGGACGGUUCGCUGUGUACUUGGUCAAACGCUCAACACUUUGUCUGCACAGAUGCGGUCUUGACUUACGCGACGGCGGUCGAAUACGGAGCGUUCGGUAUUCCCAACCUGUUCAAACUUUACCCCAUUCUCCCUUGGUGUUUCCUCAUGGGAUCCGUCGGUGGCAUCGGAUGGGCACUCCUUCAAAAGUUUGGUCCUCGUAUCAGAGAAAGAGCUUACAGAUCGAUGAACGAAGUCACUUUCUACAAGGUCAACAAGUACUUCUUCGGUCCCGUCGCUCUUCUCGGAUGGUUCGAUCCUGCUGUCACUUGGUCCGGAGCCCUCAACUGGACAGGAGGUAACAACUUGUCUUACGCGACGAACGGAACCUACAUUUCGUACAUUUUCAUGUACCACAUCAAGAGGCGGUUCCCCGCUUGGUGGGAGAAGUACAACUAUCUGCUCGAGGCCGGUUUCGACGUCGGAGUCGCCAUCUCAGGUAUCAUCCAGACAUUCGUCUUUGCCUUCACCAACCAUCAGAAGGGUAUCACACUCAACUGGUGGGGUAACACUGUCGGAACGGCCGGACAGGACUUCCAGAGUUACAACCAGACUUCGACCUUGUUACCUAUCCCGGAUGUCGGAUACUUUGGUCCCGCUCCAGGCGACUACCCUAUGAAGUUCUGAGUUUGAGAGUGAAGAAAGAAGGCAAAGUGGUACGGGAGGUGAUCG